ACCGGACUCCUCUCUCCAGCAGCUAUUACGCACGCAGCCUUCCAGUCAAGACCUCCACUCCAACCUGCGUAGAACCCACUCCUGUGGGGGAUGUUGCGCUUUAUCGGAGCUGAACCCUCCGGUUACACGCAGUCUCUUUAUAUUUAGAGAAUAAAAAGAAGAAAAUAACUUUUCUCAGGCUGUUGCUGCUGUGGGACUGAAGGAUUACGUGUGGAAAAGAUGUUAAACUCCAUGUGGACUGAAGUUGGGCUCCUGGUGAUCGCUGCCUGUCUUCUGAGGACUUCUCUCAGCGUUAAGCCAUCGGGGGCCUCAGAUCCUGUUGCUACUCGGCGCCAUGUCCCUCCGGUUUAUCUGAGAGAAGACCAGCUCAGACGGCUGCAGUUCAAGCCCACCGUGGGCUCCAUCGAGCUGUCAGAGGGCCAGGACGCUAAAUUCAGCUGCUCCAUCGACAUCCCCGACACGGUACCGGACACCUCCAUCGGCUGGAGGAAGAACGGCGAGGACCUGUCCACCGACCAUCACGUGACAUUUAACGACCUCCAGAGCUUCACAGACGGAUUCAAGACUCACAUCUCCACUGUGAUCAUUAAAAAAGUGAAGAGGGUGGACGCUGGAGAGUACCUCUGCACACUGAUUCUCAACAAUGAGAUAAGAAGGUCUCAGCGAAUCAUUCUGAAGGUUGAAGGUCUUCCAGCUAUUACGCAACAGCCAGAGGACCUGAAUGUGACGAGAGACACACCUUUCACAUUGACCUGUAUCGCAGAGGGACCUCCAGAGCCGGUUUAUAUCCGCUGGCUCCGUGACGGACUAGCUAUUACUGACGAGGUCCUGUCCCCCAGCAACCUGUCUGUGGAAGGGGUCGAUAAGCAAACCCGGUACAGCUGCAACGCUCACAACGCCAAGGGUCUCACCACAUCCAGAGAAGCAAACGUUAACAUCAAAGUUCUUCCCAGCCCUGUGGCUAACCUUACGGUGACGGAGAGACGGUCCGAUAAGCUGCUACUGAGCUGGAGCCCUGGGCACGACGGCUUCUCUCCCCUCACCAAAUGUCACAUCAGGGUUAAAGAGGUGAGUCAGAGGAAAGGGGAGGUGACCACAACCCGACUGGUCAACGUCACGGUGCCGCCGUUCCACAGCGAAGUGCCCGGGCUGAAGGCCAUGACGUCGUACAACAUGAGCCUUUCCUGUAGCAAUGAGCUGGGCGCCUCGCCACUCUCCACGUGGAUCCAGGACAGCACUAAAGAAGGAGUGCCGUCGGGUUACCCCAGAAAUGUCACCAUGCAGCUGAAUGAGUCACAGCUGGUCAUCAAGUGGAAGCCUCCGCCGGAGGACAAAAUAAACGGCAUCCUGCGCGGCUAUGAUGUCAUCGUGAGAUACGGAGGAUCCCAAGAGAAGGUCCACACUAACCUGACCGCUGCCACUGUAGAUGUGAAAAUAUUCAACAUGACCUACAGCGUGCAGGUGGCUGCAUGUACGCAGGCUGGGAGCGGAAUGCUCAGCCAGCCGCUCUGGCUCUCUGUGCCGCCGGCGGACAUUUCAGGGGUGAUCCCAACGUCCCUCCCAGACACAGGGGUCCCAUACGCUGUCUCCGUCAUCGUGGGCCUGUUUUGUGCCAUCUGUCUUCUGCUGCUUAUCAUCUGGGUGGUCCUGUGUGUACGGAACAGGACGUCCGUGUCUUGUUUUGGGCGGGAGUUUGGAUGUGCAGAGAAGUCACUGCCGGUCAUACAGUACACAAACCAGAGAUCCUUCAGUCGCUCCGAAGUCGCGAUCACUCUGGGGAACCUUGGUAUAAGUGAAGAACUCCAGGCCAAGCUGCAGGACGUUAUGAUCACAAGAAACUGGCUCUCAAUAGGAAAGGUUUUAGGAGAAGGUGAAUUUGGCUCUGUUGUCGAGGGUAGAUUGACUCACACAGACGGCACGUCGGAAAAAGUCGCUGUGAAGACAAUGAAAUUGGACAGUUUCUCCCAAAGGGAAAUUGAAGAGUUUCUGAACGAGGCGGCUUGCAUGAAAGAUUUCGACCAUCCUAACGUCAUCAACCUGCUCGGUGUGUGUUUGGAUGUUGGCGCUGAACGUUUUCCCAAGCCUAUGGUCAUCCUCCCGUUCAUGAAAUAUGGAGAUCUUCACACCUUCCUGCUGCAUUCACGCCUGGAAGAGAGCCCAAUGUACUUACCCACUCAGACUCUCCUGAAGUUCAUGGUUGACAUCGCUUUGGGUAUGGAGUAUCUCAGCGGUCGUAACUUUCUGCAUCGAGAUCUGGCUGCGCGUAACUGCAUGCUGCGCGACGACAUGACGGUCUGUGUCGCUGAUUUUGGGCUAUCGAAGAAGAUCUACAGCGGAGAUUAUUACAGGCAGGGCAGGAUAGCUAAGAUGCCUGUAAAGUGGAUUGCCCUGGAAAGUCUGGCAGACAGGGUUUUUACUGUCAAGAGUGAUGUUUGGGCAUUUGGUGUCACCAUGUGGGAAAUCGCCACGCGAGGCAUGACGCCGUACCCGGGGGUCCAGAACCACGAGAUUUAUGACUACCUUGUUGAAGGCCACAGGUUGAAGCAGCCGCCCAACUGUUUGGAUGAACUGUAUGAGAUCAUGUACAGCUGCUGGAGAGCCGAUCCGGUGGACAGACCCUUGUUUACCCAGCUGCGGGAAAUGUUGGAAAAGCUGACAGAAAAGCUUCCAGAGGCUUCCAGCAGGGAAGAAAUCAUUUACAUUAACACCAGCUUUCCAGAAGAGGACCCAGAUCAGGAAGAGGUGGCUGCGGCAGACCUGGUGUUAAGCUCCUCCCCAUCCUGCAGCCAUCAGGCAGCAGAAAACCGAGUGGUCACUGCAGACAUUCAUGGGCAGGAGGAGGAUGAGGGCAGUGAACGUUACGUAGUGGUGGUCCACUCUAAAAACUCCCAGAGGUCUCCCACAGCGGACACUCCUCUUUUGUCCAGGGAUACUUUGAGUCGGACAAAUGAGGAUGGGGCUUCGGACGCGAUGGCAGCGGAACACAGCUCAGAUGACACUUUGCGCUUGUUAAAAUGAUUUACCGCCCACGCAUCGCGUAGGUAACUGUGAUCAACUUCUCACCAAGGUUCGGCAGCACUAACGGUUCUGACUGUUUGCACCAAAAGCCCCUUCGUCACUUCUGCCCAGGAUCCUCUCUUGUCAUAUUAAAUGAGCAGUGUUAAAUGGCAAGCUUACAUUUCAGCUUCAGGAAAAUAUUUGUCAGCUCCAAAACAUUCAAUAAGCUUCCCUGGACUGUGAAACUCUCAGCAGUUUUGAAUUGUGUGUUUCAGUGUAAAUAUAGAACUGUACAGAAUGUCUAUAAAACAAUCCUGUGUUGUAAAAAAUAAAAUGUUGUGCUCAAAGACAGUAUUGUACUUUGAGACUGAACUAUA